AUGGAAGCGAUGUCCCCCCAGCAGGAGACUCUGGGGGGGCAGCCAGGGCGCUCCUCUUCUCUGACUGGGGAGUCCAGGAUUGUGGGUGACACAGAGAGCAAGAAGAAAAUGAAAACAUUAGCAGAGAGGAGGAGGAGUGCUCCAUCCCUCAUCCUUGACAAAGCCCUGCAGAAACGACCCAGUAGCAAGGAAAGCCCAUCUGCCAACUUGGACCCAUGUACAUUUCUUACUUCUUUUAUGGGUUCCAAUAGGACCCUGCUGAUCGAUGGUCGUGUUGAACUCAAAAGGGGUCUGCAGCGUCAGGAACGACAUCUCUUUCUGUUUAAUGAUUUGUUUGUUGUGGCCAAGAUCAAGUAUAACAACAAUCUUAAGAUAAAAAAUAAAAUUAAAUUAAGUGAUAUGUGGACAGCAAGCUGUGUGGAUGAAGUGGGUGAAGGGAAUACCAAUACCAUGAAGUCAUUUGUUUUAGGAUGGCCCACUGUGAACUUCGUUGCCACUUUCAGUUCUCCAGAACAAAAGGACAAGUGGCUAUCUCUUCUCCAGAGAUAUAUUGAACAAGAGAAGGAGAAGGACCAUCCAAAGAGCAUUCCUCUCAAAAUCUUUGCCAAGGACAUUGGGAAUUGUGCUUACUCUAAAACAAUAACAAUUACGAAUUCGGACACAGUGAAUGAAGUCAUCGUCAUGGCACUGCCUAUGCUAGGGAUAAAUGGCUCUGAAAGAGACUACCAACUGUGGGUGAAUUCUGGGAGAGAAGAAGCUCCAUAUCCACUCAUUGAUCCCAGCCAGAAGAUGUUUAAAAGAAGAAGAUCUAUCAUAAAUUGGGCCUUUUGGCGAGGCUCCAGCACUCACCUGGACAACAUGCCAAUGUCUCCAACAUCCCCGAUGCCAGGGCAGCUCUUUGGGGUUUCACUGCCAGAGAUCUGUGAAAACGACAACCUGCCCAAACCUGUCUUGGACAUGCUUUUCUUUCUAAAUCAAAAAGGGCCCCUCACGAAAGGUAUUUUCAGGCAAUCUGCGAAUGUCAAAUCCUGCAGAGAGCUGAAGGAGAAACUUAACUCAGGAGCAGAGGUGCACCUAGACUGUGAAUCCAUUUUCGUGACAGCAUCCGUCUUAAAGGUGGAACUAGAAAUGAUGACGGUCAGGAAAAUCAGAGUUAAGUGCUGCAUAAAUAAGGAGCCUGGGGUGGAUGGGUCAGUACAUUCUGUGAAAGACAAAAGCUGUCCUUUUGAUUCGGAGCGGUACCCAAUUUGGGGGUUUCGCCCAGGUUAUCGGAGGCAGCCUGUUCUUAGGCAUCGCUGCCAAAGCAGAAAACACGCGAUUUCUGAAGCCAGACGCUCCAUUGUGUUUUCUCGCUGGCUGGGGAGCCCGGAGGACAGGAGUGGGGCUUUGUUUCAGGCUUACCAUUCCCAUAGCACACUGAGAGCAUGCCUAGUGUUAAUAGAACAGCUUCCUAGAGCCAAUGUCGUUCUCCUGAGGUAUCUAUUUGGAGUGUUGCACAGCAUUGAGCAGCAAUCUGCAUCUAAUCAAAUGACAGCAUUUAAUUUGGCAGUGUGCAUUGCUCCCAGCAUUCUUUGGCCACCAUCUUCUGCCAGUCCUGAGCUAGAGAAUGAAUUCACCAAAAAGGUCUCUCUACUUGUACAAUUUCUCAUUGAAAAUUGCUGCAGGAUAUUUGGGGAAGAAAUCACUUCCCUCUUGGGAGAUAUUUCAAUCAGCUGUGACAGAGACAAUGCCCCAGGUAUCUCUUGCUUCCAACUGAAUGACUCUUCCUAUGACAGCUUAGAAAAUGAGCUGAAUGAUGACGUAGAUGCUCCUUGUAGUGACCUGGUCAAGAAACUGGGUCAGGACAGCCGCAGCAUGGACUCUGUUCUAACGUUGAGUGACUGUGAUUUAGACCAACCUGAAUCAGAAGGUAUUUUAACUCUGAGUGACUUUGACUUGGACCAGCCUAAAAAUGAAGAAAUCCAGCUGAAGCACCCUUCCAAAUCCAAGCCACUGAGCAUUUCGGUGGCAUCCUACAGUAAAGUUUCAGCCCAAGUUCACUCCAAGAACAUUUCAGUUGGUACAAGGACAUCUGGUUUCUUGUCCACGGCAGCAGGAGAUGCUCUGAAAAAUUGGAGGAGACACAGGCGCUGCUCUGAGCCCAGCAUAGACUACCUGGAUUCCAAGCUCACCUAUCUCAGGGAGUUCUAUCAGAAGAAGCUCCGCAAGUCUAGCUGUGAUGCCAUUCUCUCCCACCGAGAUGAAGAUGGCCACAAACAGCCCCAUCCCUCACAAGGAGGUGACCAAAAGCUUAUUAAUCCAACCUCAGUCAUUCAGACCGAAGUGGAGAAGAAAAAUACCACAAACCAAAAUGUUAAGAAGAAAGGCUUUUUUAGUCAUGAAGGUACUCCAGUGAAACUUCCCUUCAAAUCCAAAUCUAUAACCAUUUCUGUGGCAUCUUAUAGUAACAUUUCAUUGCAGGAUCAUUCGAAGAGCCAAACAUUUGGUACCGAUCCAUCUGGGUACUCCCCCUCCAACACAGCACUUGGACUCAAAAGUUUGCAAAGACACAGGCGCUGCUCAGAGCCAAACAUAGACUACCUAGACUGCAAGCUCACCUCUCUCAGGGGAGUUUCUCCAAAGAACCUACACAAGACAAGCUGUGAUGUGGGCCUCUCUCUUGGAGAUGAGGAUUAUCUCAAGCGUCACCAGUCUUUGCAAGUAGAAGGUCAAAAACUGAUUAAUCAGAGUUUGGUCAUGGGGAUCGAGGUGGGGAAGAGUAAUACCUCAAACCAAAAUAUGGAAAAGAUGUUGCCUGUUACUCCACCACGGUUAAAUAUUUGCUCAAGAACUAGCUAUUCUAGUUUGUCAUCACCAGGAACAUCACCAUCUGGUUCUUCAGUGAGCUCUCAAGAUAGUGCUUUUUCCCAGAUUUCUGAACACUCGGUCUUUAUUCCCACAGAAACCUCUUCACCUGUUGAUUGCACUUUUUCAACUUCAAGAAAACAGGGGGAACUCUCUCCUGAUUUCUGCAGCCCUUUUUCUGGGAUGCCCAACCCUUCCCCAGGGCCAGCCAGUAGCCACCCACUUUGUAUUAAAAAGGACAACAUAGAGUGGGCUUCUCAAAUGCAUUCUGUAACUAUUCAUCCUAGCACUUGGUUAAGGAAUGGAGUGGCCACUUUAAAAAACUGGUCUCUCAAAAAGAAGACAAAGGCAUCCAGACAAGAGAGAAAGAAAGUAAAUUCCCUAAAAGGAACCUUGGAGCAGCCAACAUGUUCUUCUGAAGUCUCAGAAGCUGGCCUGCUCCCAGAGGCACUGGUGGAUGCCCCCCUGAGACCCUCCAACCUGGUCAGUGCGGUAGAAGCAGAUGAGCAAUGUCAUCCCUAUGGCCGCCAGGACUCUGCAGACCAGUGUAGCUCUCAAUUCAGUUCACUGGAUAACAGAUUUAAGCUCCAAAUGAAGCCAGCCAAGGAAGUGGAGGAUGAUAGCCAGCGUUCUCCUGGUGCUCCCCCCCCAGAGAAUCCCUCCCUCUGCUACCCUUUGACUCUAGAGAACACCUUGAACCCAGCCCCCGAUGCCGAGUGUCCAGAGACUGCAGUAGUUUGCAGUGAUGAGUUUGGACAUAGAACCAAAGACAUUUAA